CAGCCAUCUACUUGCAAAACAAUUCGGAUCGUCUGAUCACCACGCAGAUCAGUUGAACCGUUCAGGAUUAUGCCAGACACCUCUAUCACCGUCUGUAUCACAGCCUCUACGGCAUGCCAUGCGUCAGCAAGGAUCUCCACCUCGGAACGGCUGGAAACCAAUCGAUCGACAUGUCAACCUAUGGAAUGGAUUAUCCCAGCCCAAGUAUCCGUCAGCAUCGACACAGCAUCCCUCAAGCCAAGCAAAAACAACACCAGCCGACGAUUCACUCAGAAUGAUGCAGUCUACCGCGUCCUGCUUGCCAACGUCGCCCACCAACCCUUAUCAACAGUCUGCCGUCGCAGCCGACCCACCCCAUCACGUAUCAUCCUCGAAGGAUCGAUGGGUAGAAAAAACCACUGCAUUCGCGGCUACCAGGAGCAGCGGCCCCUCUCCCAUUUAUGAAGGCAUGGAAUACUGGCAUGUGUUAGACAAUGCUGACACCACGCAAUGGACGCGCGUACCUAUACGACUGAGUCCAACGGUCAACAACUCAACUUAUGCAUCCAAACCUUCCUUGAGCCUUGGCAAACAAAUGGAUGGAAGCAGAUGUCAUCCGACCACCAGGUUACAACUGACAGGGACACGACCUCCAUUGCCCUUCUCGGCGAUCACAAGUCAAUGGAGUCAACGUGACCAGACUACGGUAGGUAACUCUCAAGGCUCCGCGACUGUAAGAACCCGAGCAGAUGUCACCGCGCGUCGCGCCUCAACUGUGAGCCCUGUUCGUCGUAAACCAGAUGCACCUGUUGCUGAAGAACCACAACGCAACCAGAUGACUCAGACCCCGGAAUCCGUAGUGAAUAGAUCCAUCAAUGCGGCGGGCGGCGAUGGAGUUUGCCGGUUGUGUGCCUCCACUAUCUGCACCGAUGAAAGAAGGGAGGGCGUUCCAGACAAGCCUUACAGUUCGAUAUAUUCCGAGGAAUGCCCCGGUGCCCUCGGAGUGCAAUCGGAUCAUUUUCGCAACCUAACUGUGGCAGCUACGUGUGAACAAAGCCAUCAACCAUUGCGCCUGAGUGACACCGAAAGACUGAAUCGAAUCAAUAUUCGAAUACCGUCACAACGCAAAUUUUUGCUGGACAGAGUGGCCUCAAAUGACGAUAUCUGUAUCGAAACAGAAACGCCGUUCGCGUUCAGCAUCGCAGCAACUGAUGAUAAGGUAUGCAUUACCAAAGAAUCCUCUGCAAUUAAUCUGAGUCAGUCAGUCUCCAUGGGUCAUCAAGGAAAUAUUGGGCGACGAAUCCCAGUCAGCCUGCGUCUCACAUUUGGAUCUGAAACUGACUUGGUCGCGAAGGACGACGGUGAAUUAAAUUUGACUCAGGGGGAACCAUAUAGAUCCACUUAUCAUAUUGAUCUGCCUAUUACCAAAGUCAAUCAACUGAGUCGUGUGGUCCUGAGAAAAAAUCCGACAAAUCCCGAUAAUCCGCUGCGAUAUAGUUUGCCAUGCAUACCUUUUCGAGGAGAGGAGAUUGCCAUGACCGAACCAGUCUCAUAAAGCUAGUUGAACAUCCAAGCAAAGCAAGACAGGUGAGGAUCAAUCCGCUCACUCAAUUCCCCACAUGAAUGCGAAUUCAUGCGCGAAAGUAUGGAGACAUCAUAUGAAAGGCACGAUUCCAAACAUUUGUCAGCGGAUGAAUGAAUUUCCCUGGCUCUUAUCCCAUCAACACUCAUGCCCAGAGUAUUAUUAUGCAUCCCUUUUGUGAUUAUAGGCCGCCAUCUUUCCCUCAUAAAACUAUAUAACUGCGUUGGCUCAUUAGCCGGUCAAGUAUACGCAGGACGAGUC